GGUUCGCUUCCCUCCUUCCUCCACUCCCGACUCGCCCUCCUUCUCUCGUACCUGCAGCCCCGCUUCGUCCCGCGCUGUAGCAUUAGUGUUGUCGAUACGUCCCGUAAUUCUCCAGCCAUAGCGUAGCACUGCCGCUUUGAUCUCUCUCCCUUCCCCCCUUCCACUUGCGCACCUAAUUUUCUGGCCAUUACCGUGCUGCUCCGCUGAAUUUUCCGAUAUUAGAUAUUGUGAUAUUUUUUGGUUGUUGUUGCUAUGAGAAUUCGUAAAGGCCACAGGUGCUUGCCGCUGGCGCCCGCCGAUCGUUCCUUUUUGCAGGAGAGUUCUGUGCAGCGGGGGAACGACGGUGGUAGUAUUGGUGAUGGAAAGGACGAUGGUGUUCAGGCGAAGUUGCUGCGUCUCGUCGAGGUUGCUGCUGCGCCGGUUGCGAACGUCAGCAGUGGUCGCCAUGUGUACCUGCAGGAAAAUAUGAACGAAAAAUCUUUGACAGGAGAGGAGUGCCAAGAACCUGAAUUAGAGAACAGGGUUUCUGCUGAUGAUAAUUUUAUCGAGCGGUCCAUAAUUCACGACACAAGUGUUGAUACUACCUUGAGGAACCCGACAGAAUUGUCGCCGAGGGCGAAAUCGAUCUUCACCAGGCACAAGCCUUUCGACACAUCUGGCACAACCUGUAGCAGCGUGCUCGGCAUAGGGAUUGAGAACCAACAGGAUUUAUUAGAGAGGUCGUUACGACAGAUCUGCUCAACGGCAGGUACAAUCGGUGUAAGUGCUCGUGAUGCAGUUGCCCAGAUAAUUGAACAAAGAUUGCCGGGAUUGAACGAGGGAGGUGAGAGAUUAAUUGUGCAAGUGACUAAAGUAUUUCGUAAGGGUUCUGAAUUUGUGGAACGCGAAGGGCGUGGAAGAUACUGCUUGGCGGAGUACACUUCUCUGGUGAGCGGAGAAAGUAUGACAUUAUUUACAGGAGACUCGGAAAUCAGUCGGGAAAAUACAGUUUCAAGCAGUGAUGUGGUAGACGCCGCGAGGCAGUUACAAAAUCUGCAGAAGAUCCAUUCGACAUUGCUUGGUUCUGGUGUUGAUGUGCUGAAUGAAAGCCCAUGCUCCCAUGGCAGCAAUCGGCAGGCGAACCUGAGUAUAGUUGACGGGUUCGUUCGGCAUCCAAAAGCUGGAACAGUUCGCAAAGAUGUCACGGCGACGAACCAUAAAGCCAGCUCAACCCACUCUAGGUCACAGACUCUCGCCAAAUUAGACCCAAACGAACCCCAGUGCAGACGAGAUGAUGGGAAAGGAUGGAGGUGCUCCCGAUCAGCAGACGCUGGAUUCGCAAUGUGCAAGUAUCACCGAGAGCAGAUUUAUAGGGCUCAGAAUCGACGUAAGAAAUCGAAACGUGAUGUGGAACCAACGGCAUUGGCUGGAUGUUCUCCUCCCAGAUACGUAGCGAAUGCUCGUGCCGUCCCGGACGACAUAACAGCAGGAAGCACGAACGAUCCAUUUUUGGACGACGAAUUGCCAUUCGAUGAACGUCGUCAGUUUGUGAAGGCGAAGUCUUUGAAGUCUUUACUCUUGAACAGUGAUGUUCGAUCGAUAGGUCGUCGACAGAUCUGAGGUUCAAUGUAAAUUUAUUUCAGGAGAAUGCUAAUUUUUUGUUCAAUUCCAAAUUGUACAUCUGUAAUUGAUAUUAAUAUUGAUAACGUACAUUUUUCCUGUUACA